UUAGUCAUUACUAUAUGACGAAAAACACUAUUAAAUCUUCAGUAUGAUUUUAACAUUGUCAUAGUGAAUGUGAAUCUGUGAGGUUAAUUACAAGAAUUUUUUCAAUACAAUAAUAAUAUUAAAAUGAUGAAAUCAUUUUUGAUUUUCGGGACAAUUUAUUUACUCGUUCUAAAAGUUUCAAUAAUCGAUGCUAAACUGGAAUUGGUAGGAACCGGUGAUCCGAAUAUCGAUUUUGUUGAUUCGGUAAGUUCUGUUACUAUCUUGAUGGAUGAAGAAAACCAAGGAGAUGUUAUUAUCGCCUAUAUUAUACAGGAUGAAGGAACGAACACGCCAGAGAUUCAAUUCAUUCCUGCAUCAGAUUCAGAAGUUACCGGGAUGAAAAUUAUUGCAAGUGGGGUAGAAAAAAUAUUUAAUCUGGUAGUCACGAAAAGACAAGAUUACGAAUCCGAGUACAAAUCGUUUGUUUUUGAUAUUUGGGAUAACGUUGAUGAGUUGCAGAAACAGGUUAACUUGAGAAUCAAAAAUAUUGACGAUAACGUACCGUUUUUAACAUCCAAUGAUCUACAAUGUUCUAUUAGAGAAGCUGAAUGUUGUGAUACUGGAUGUGAGUAUUUAAUAACCGAUGAUGACAGGGAGAUGGAUCAAAUCUCGUGGUUAAUUAACGGUGAAGAAACGGACGAACGUUUCGAAUUUGAGCUAAUUUAUCCAGAUAAUUUAAAAGAUAACGAAAUGGCUAUAACACUAAAAUUAAGAAAAGAAUUAGAUUACCAAGAUGGUUCUUUUUACGUAAUAAACCUAUCAAUAAAAGAUACGGUUCACUCACCUGAUCCUAUAAGAAUCGUUGUUCCUGUCAUUGAUGUUCCCAAUUUACCUCCGGUUUGGGUUAAAAUCUUUCAUUCGAAAACAUUUGACGGAGCGUUAGAACAAGAAUUUCAAGUAGAAGCAAGAGAUGGUGAUAUAGGAAUCGACACUAAAAUCUAUUACCAACUCAAUUUUGACCCAAUCGAAGAUUGGAAUAAUAAAGUUUCUAUACAUCGCGAUGACGGGAAAAUCAGUGUUGGGAAAUUAGAUGAGGAAAAUCGUGAUACUUUCACUUUUAAGGUAAAGGCGUGCGAAGAAGAUAGUUAUGAGUCUGAAGAAACAUGUAUUGAACAUGAAAUAGUAUUCAUUUUAUUUUAAUUAAUGUUCAUUAAAAAAUCCAUUAUAACAGUAAUAUGUGAACGAAAUUUAAAAUUAGUUAUUUAUGAAAUAGUGUGUGAAGCUGUUUGCACACGAACGCAAUGUUUAUAGCGUGAGUGUGCAAAAAGCACUUCACGCAAAGUUUCAUGCAAUAUCUUAUCUACGACUACUUGGAUAAGUCAUCAUUACCGCACUCAUUUGAUAUGAUUUAAGUUACGUAAUGAAGUUCAUUACCGCUUUGAUUUCAUUACGUAACGCAUUUUUAGCCCAAUCAGAACAGACUUAAUUUAUUGAAACGAGCAACAAUACAAAAGAAAAAUUGCUACCUAUUUAAAGAGAAACAAUAUGUACUAUUUAUUAUAAACAUUAAUUGUUAUGUUUUUACAUUUCGAAACAC